GAUCUUAUCAUAAAGGUCACAAUAAAAACAUUUCCAAAUUCGGGGAAUAUCUGGGAGACUAAUCUUUGCAGUGAUAGUAGACAAAAAGAUUUCACUCGGAGUGCUAUUUAUUCCGUAGCGGAGCCGAGACGUAGACUAGACCUAUCGAAUCUCAUUAUAUUUCCGUCUAGUGUUAUAAAUCGUUACCGAAAUACUUAUAUUGUAUAGUAAACAAAAGUUUCGCUGAAUAUAUUGAAAGUGCUUUGUCGAAUCUCGUUUAAAAUGGAAUUUUUAGUUAUCGUCGCAUUUUGUAUUGCAGUUUUAAUAAUUUGUUGUUUAUGUUGUGCCGGAAAGAAUCGAAAGAAUCCCAUGUUCACUGCGCCAGUCGUAGUGACAACUGCUACACAACAAGUGCCAUUCACACCAGGAUCGCAGAUGCAUCAAACGAAUAUAUAUCCGAAUCAAAUACCUUAUCCGAUGGGACAACAAGGAUAUGGAAUGCCUAUGCCUGCGUCAAAUCAACAGAGUUAUCCAAUGCCACAAGCAGGAUAUCAACCGUACCCCGCUGGUGGAGCACCAUAUCCACCCGGUCCGCAUGAAAACAUGAAUCCACCAUCAUACGACCAAGUGGUUGGAACCACAACAACGACAACCGAAAAUUAUGCCAAACAAGCGCCAUACAACCCGAGCUAUCCAGGAUAAACAUCGUCUCUAAAUGUUGAACUUAUUUAAUUUUAAGACACCGUGUGUACUUUUCCAUUCGAAGUGUUCAUUUUUUUCAACUAAUUUGGUUGAUCAAAUUGAUUUAUCGAGUUAAAUUAAUAUUAAAAUGUGUUAUCAAACAAGAAAAGAACAAAAAAAAGAAAAAAAAAUAGUGAAAAGAACAAAGAAAAAAAAGAAAAGGGGAGUUGGCAUCCAAUUUAAAAUUUCUUCCCUGCAUGUGAUUACGCUAUACUAAAGAAUUUCAAAUAAAUUUAAUUUUUAAAGUCAGUACAUAA